AUGGAAGCAAGAUUUAAAAACAAACUACCCCAGGAGGGUACCGUAGAACGCGGAGAAUCCCUCCACGGGACGGGAGGAUGUGGGAACACUUCACUACCUCUCAGCCCGUGCUGCCCCACGUAUUCUGGGGGGGGCAAAAUUUUGCAACCCGUUUCAAGCGAGAAGAAACAAGAAGGAAGAACAGAAGAAAGAAGACCAGAAGAAAGAAAACAAGAAGAAAAAUCUGAGGAGAUUACUAACCCAUUUGUGAAGAAGGGGCUAAAAAGGACCCCGCCCACAAAGAAAAAGGAACACCAAGUAGCCGACCAACUAAAAAGGACUCUAGGUAAGUCACAAACAAAGAUAAUCAGCCUUGGUGAAGAAGAAUACGUCUCCAGGAAGAAACUCUUAGAGAAACUCGGUAAACAAAUCGAAGACCUGCUUGAUUUCGUAACACCGAGACACAAUGUCCACGGGGAUAUAAAAAGAAAGGUAAACGACCUUAGUACUACGUACAAUAGGUUACACAACCUUAAAGAAGGAGAAGAGCAAUCGCGUAAUUUGACCUCAACAAUGACCCAGACUUCUCCCAAAGCGCAACCACAAGCAUGGAAGGAAAAUAUUACACGGUCAGACGGCACUCCAGUGCACAGAAAGAGAAAGGACUUAACACCGGAGCCAGUAGUAAGUUCACCCCGUAGGGUAAAGCGGAAAAUCAUGAAUGAUCCAAUAAAGCAAGACACACCAAAGCCACUACCAAACAAAAAAGUAAGUAGUAACAUGGUAGUGCAGGAUAAACAACGAGACGAUGCAAGCGACCCCAAUGAGAAAUGGGAAAAGGUCACGAGAAGGAAAAAGCAGCCCCGUAACCCCAAGCUCCCAGAAGCCUUUGUGAUACAAAAGAAGGGCACGCUGACGUACGCUGAAAUACUGAGUAGAAUAAAAAAGGAUGAAACCCUCAAAGGUGUAGGAGACCAUGUCGCAAAAAUCCGCAGGACUGCCGGCGGAGACAUGAUUUUUGUAAUUAACAAACAUGGUACGGGAAAAACCGAACAGUACUGCAACGCCAUAAAAACGGUGCUGGGUGAAGAAGCUCUGGUCAAAAGUAGAAUCCCAGAGAAAACUAUCAUCGUGAAGGACCUUGACGAAAUCACCACAAGGGAAGAAAUUAGGGAUGCCUUACAAAGCGUACUGGGAAAAGGCGAAAUUGUAGACAUAAAUGCCAUUAAAUCCGUCAAGAAAACGUAUGGUGGCAUGCAAACAGCUUUGGUAGUAUUACCAAUGGAGCUGGCCAACAAAAUUCUCGAAGCAGGGAAGGUUCGCGUUGGAUGGGUAAUAUGCCGUAUUCGUGAAGUAGCUAAACCACUUAAAUGUUAUAAGUGUUGGAACUACGGCCAUUUGGCCAAAAUGUGUAGGAGUCCCGUCAACAGGUCCUCCUGCUGCGUCAAGUGCGGUGGUGAGGGUCACAAAAUCGACAAGUGCACACGAGAGGCCUAUUGCGUACUCUGCAGCGACAAAGACCUACUCACGCAAAUAGUACGUGAGGAAGGCAUUGACCUGGCAAUAAUAUCGGAACCCUACCGCAGCAUUGAACAACCCGGUUGGAUAUCAGACACUGCAAAUAAAGCCGCUAUUUGGUCCUGCGGCAUGUACCCGACGCAAAAAAUCCUGAAGGUCCAAGAAGAAGGAGUCAUCGGUGCCAAAGUGAAUGGCAUACACUUCUAUAGCUGCUACGCCCCACCAAGCUGGAGCCAGGACAAAUUCGAGAACAUGCUAGCAAACCUCACUAAUGCCUCUAGAAAUAUGAACCCACGGGUCAUUGCAGGGGAUUUUAACGCUUGGGCAACCGAGUGGGGGAGUAGCAGAACGGAUAAGAGAGGCCAAACGCUCCUAGAGACCGCAGCUGGAUGGGACCUGACACUAUUGAACGACGGUAAGUCACCCACUUUUAUCAAAGGUGAAGCAAGGUCCUUUAUUGACCUGACCUUCGCAAGCAGCAGCAUAGCAAAGCGGGACACAAAAUGGCAGGUAACGGAUAUCUACACACACAGCGACCAUUGUGCAAUUACGUGGAGUAUCCCCGAUCACAACAAUGUCCGCCGACGGAAGCUUGCGGCUCCCCUCGUAGGUUGGAAAACGAAUACCUUCGACGCGGACACAUUUCACGCCGCAUUAGAGUGGAACAGUAAGAUUGAAGGUAACACCGCAGAGGAGAUGGCAGAGAACAUCAUGACAAAGCUGGCUAGGGCGUGUGAUUGUGCAAUGGUAAGAACCGGUCACAGAAAAAACAAAAGAGAUCCGGUCCACUGGUGGAGCGAUAAUAUCAGAGAAAUCAGAGAACAAUGCAUGAAGGCCCGAAGGUUAGCACAACGGGCAAGAAAGAAAAAUUCAUUUCCCGCGUUGCAGGCUACCUACAAAGACCUUCGAACUAAAUUGAAAAAGGCGAUUAAAAAACGAAAAGGAGAAACUUGGGCUGAACUACUGGAAGAAGUCAACAAUGACCCCUGGGGUAGACCGUACAUGGUUGUCAUGAAGAAACUAAGGACUACACAACAACCCCGUGAAACAAAACUACUAAGAAGCAUUGUCACCACAUUAUUCCCACAACAAGAAGAGCUGGACUACGAAAUACCCGCAAACGCCGCCGAAGUCCCUGCGAUCACGAACGAGGAAUUCGUAGGCGCAUACAACGCAAUAAAGAAUAAGAAGGCACCGGGUAUGGAUCGCAUCCCUAACGUAGCUCUGAAGGCGGCAAUGAAGGGAGAGCAAAAUGGGUUUCAGGAGGUAUUUAACAAGUGCCUCCAGGAAGGUACUUUCCCCAAAAUCUGGAAGAGACAGCGAUUAGUACUUUUACCCAAGGGCAAUAAUAACCCGGAAGACCCAAAGUCUUAUCGCCCCCUAUGCAUGCUGGACACAGCGGGGAAAGUUCUGGAGAGAAUAAUCCACAAUAGAAUGGAAGCCGCAAUCGGAAACGCCAUCCACAACAACCAGUACGGUUUUAGAAAAGCCCGCUCUACCCUGGAUGCGAUAGAACGAGUAGUAAACAUCGCCAAAAACGCCACCAGGGGCCAUCGCUGGAAAGGUGGGGGCAAAAAGUACUGCCUGUUGGUAGCUCUCGACAUCCAAAAUGCCUUCAACUCGGCAAGAUGGGACAUCAUCUGCAAGGCUAUGGAUAGAUUGGAAGUACCGAUGUACCUCAGGAAGAUAAUACGUAGCUACCUUAGUAACAGGGUCCUUCACUACGACACGGAUGAUGGACCGGAAAAGUACAAAAUUACGGCUGGUGUACCACAGGGCUCCGUGCUCGGACCGCUUUUGUGGAACAUUAUGUAUGACGGACUGCUGAAUCUCACACUACCUGCUGGAGCUGAACUCACUGCCUUCGCAGACGACGCGAUGAUCUCAAUAGUCGCGAAGCACACAGAAGAGAUACGCAGAAUAUUCGAAGAAACGUACCGCCGCAUACAAACGUGGAUGACAUCGACCGGGCUGAAGCUAGCAGAGCACAAGACAGAGGCAAUGCUGGUCACGAGUCGGAAGAACGUAGAAAGGAUCACGCUAGCCGUGGGAUCAAGUUGCAUCACAUCUAAAACACAAAUUAGGUAUCUUGGAGUGUACCUAGAUUUCAGGCUAAACUUUAACCACCACGUGGAGCAAGCAGCCGUGAAGACAUCGAAGGUUACCAUGGCACUCGCCAGGCUCAUGCCUAACGUGGGUGGCCCACGGCAAAAGAAGAGGAACCUGUUGAUGUCGGUAAGUAAUUCCGUUUUGUUGUAUGGGGCUCCCAUUUGGGCGGACGCUCUAAGUAACAAAAUAAAUAGGAAAAAGAUGGAGUCAGUGUAUCGGGUAAGUUUGAUCAGAAUCAUCAGCGCGUUUCGCACUGUAUCGUUAGAUGCAGCCUGUGUAAUCGCCGGCGCUAUACCCGUGCAUCUACUUGCAGAAGAGAGAAAACUGUUGUUUGACAGAAGAAGUGAUCCGAGCGCAACGCGGAAAAAAUCGCGAUGUCUAGUCAGAAGACAGAUCAUCACCAAAUGGCAGCAGGAGUGGGAUCACUCAAUAAAGGGCCGCUGGACUCACAAACUAAUUGGACAAGUCGAAAAAUGGAUAAACCGCAGGCAUGGGGAAACGAACUUCUACCUCACCCAAAUGCUGACGGGCCAUGGAUGUUACCGUGCGUACCUACACCGUUUUGGGCACGAAAUUCUCCCGGAUUGUCCACACGGGUGCGGCGAACCAGAGGAUGCAGAGCACGUGUUCUUUGUCUGCCCGGCAUACUCCAAGGAGCGCGAAGAACUCGAGAACAGUAUCGGACCUACUACGGUCGCAAAUUUGGUGGAUAACAUGCUUGCAACAGAAGAAGCAUGGAAUAAAGUUAGCGAAUACGCCGCCUCAGUACUAAAGAAGGUACGGCGGGCUGAGCAAAUACGGCGAAAAGCCAACGCAAUGGACUCAAGGAGCUAA